GGACACUGUACGUGGACCUGGCUAAGCUAGCUUGCGUCGAACGUCCAUGGCUCGAUUUACGACUCGUUCAGUCUGGCUAGUUCUCUUCUUUGCUGGGCGGCCUUCACACAUUCGAGCCACUGAUCCAAGCACAAUUUCAGCAUCUUCGUUGGCCAACCUCUAUCAGCUGUUCACGUCAAGCACCCUCUCAUUCCCCAGCACGACGCUAUCUCAGCCGUCGACAGUGAGCUAUGUACAGAGCUCGUGGCUCUUGGCGAACAAUCUCGUCGAGAGUGGGCAGACGGACAUGCUGUUUGUAGAAUCUCCGAACUAUGCGGUUGGUAUGAAGAGGGAUGAACGAGCGCUUAAUGACGAAGAGGCAUCAUCUGCUUCGACUUCUUCUCGCAAGACGAGCACGACAACAAAAUCGACUUCUACGGUUAACGCAAAGGCCCUGUCAGCGACGACGACGACGACGAUGACAGGGACGACAUCUCUCCCAACACCCGCGGUCCUGCAAAUCACCUAUCCCGCCAACUCCUACUCCCACCAAACAGGCGGCGCAGAGUUCUACUCCCUCCCAUUCGGAUCCACCACCCAGUACACGACCAUGCUACUCACGUACGAAGUUGCGUUCCCUCCCAACUUCAACUGGGUCCAGGGCGGCAAGUUGCCUGGACUGAGGGGAGGUCCGGAUAGGGUGGGAUGUUCGGGUGGAGCUCAGCCGGAUGGGAGUGAUUGUUUCAGCGUGAGAUUGAUGUGGAGACCAGGAGGAGCAGGAGAAGUGUACGCCUAUAUUCCCACUACGCCGGCGUUCUGCUCGCAAUCGGAGAUCAUCUGCAAUUCCGAUUACGGCGUCUCCAUCCAACGCGGUGCCUUCCACUUCUCUCCCAACACAUGGCAGACCAUCUCCCUGCUUGUGCAGCUGAACGACCCCUCCGCCGCCAAUGGCUUGGUAGAGCUGUACGUCAACAAUCAUCUUGCGAUUAGCCAGCCGGGACUCGUCUUCCGCACGAACGAGAGCAUAGCUAGCAUAGGUGGGAUGUUCUUCUCAACGUUCUUCGGAGGAAGCGAUCCGAGCUGGGCGACGCCGACGCAGCAGUACACAUAUUAUCGAAAUGUGGAGCUACGGGCGGGCACGCCAAGCAACAACAACGGCAAUGGUGGCACCUCAGUUAUCGGAUCAACAUGGUUAGAACUGGUGGCUCUCCUGACGACCAUAGUUUUGGGGAUUUUCAUGUUCUGAAAGCAUUGGAAUCGCUUGAUCGAUACACAGGAUCUGUACACUAUAUCCCUUCACUUGAUAUCUU